AUGAAGUUGGCGGACGACCGCGGCUGGGGCUGCUCGUCGAUCCAGAAGACCAUCACGCAGGCGCGUAACCUACGGUUACACGAGAUGGCGUUUGGCGGGUAUGGGCAAAGAGGCCAAGGGCCUCGCUACUACUACUACUACUACUACUACUACUACUUGCUGCUGCGGUCGACCUGUCGCGCGAUCGAGCCCGGGGCGCCUGUAUCGACGUCCAGGUUGGUGGAGACCAUGGUGAGUCGCCUGCGUGUUUCGUUGGCUGGGACAGCCAUGGCCUGCACGCCCACCUUCUUGCUCCCUGUCCUGCUGCUGCUCACGCGCCUGCUACCGCGUCCUACGAACCUUCAGCACCCGCUCGCGACGGAGUGGCGGCGUCUCGAAGAGCUCUUCCGGCCGGACUCGAUAGUGUCGACCCUCAUUGUACUCAUGCAUCCCCGAACGCUCGAUGUCGUCGAGCGCGUGAUCAGCGAUGUCCUGCGCGAGCUCGUGAAAGCACUGCGCGACUAA